AUGGCGACCAGCUCGGAGCGCAGUCCUCCUCCGUUCCCCGACUCCGAGGACCAAGAUGUGCUGGACACCGAAGACGUCGCAGGCCGAGACAGUGAUGAAGACGACGGAGGGGACCUAUUCAUGGGCUCGAGCAACCCUACACUGGCCGAAGUGGAAACCUUACUGGAACCUGCCCGUCAACCCAGUGACCUUUUAAUGAAUCCUCCCAGUGACCUCAUGAGUGAUCCUUUGAUUGAACCCAUCAGCAGCCAAACAGAAAACAAACCAGCGAGCGAAGCCGUGAACGAACCUUCGGAUGAUUUUGUCGACCUGACAAACAACAUAAGCGCCACAACUGAAAGUGCCGUUGCUGAAAUUCCUUUAGAUGAACCCUCAGAUGACUUUGUUGACAUAUUGGGAAGUGAAACUGAGGCGCAGAGAGAGGAAGUGGUGGUGACAGAUGUUACUGUUGAAGCAGCAGCGGAUAAAAGUGAAGUUACUAGUGGGGUUACAGAUUCACCUGGUGAUGGAAAAAUAAGAAGCGAUGCUGAGGAGGAGGCACAAGAAACUUCCGCUGCUCCAAUAAUCGACCUCGGUGCUGAUUUGCCCGCCAGCAACACACAACAACUGCCUGUUAGCGACAAAAUCGCCGACCCGCUGGUUGACCUCCUCGGUGAUCCUUCACCUGCACCUGCUGCUGAUGCCAAAAAACCGAGCGGGGCAACAAUCGACCUGUUUGAAGACGAGGGGAGCGACUUAUUUGGAGAACCACGACAGACUAAAUCUGCCAAGCAGCAACAGAAAAGCCUUUUUGGUGAAGCAGAUGAGGAUCUGUUUGGUGAGCCGCUGGGAGCCGUCUCAAAGAAACCAGUCAGUAAAGAGCAGAAGGAGAAGUCUGUCACCACCAAAGCUGCUGCCGCUGUUCCUGCCGGGGGACCUCUGCUAGACAGCAGUCCAGCAGAACCUGCAGAUAUCUUCACUGAGGAAGCCGUCACCACAACACCCAGCGUCAGCAACACCAGCACUGUCAACUCCAAGACCAAUGGAGUCCACUCUGAGGAGGAGGCAGAUAUCUUUUCUGAAGCCACAGUGGAGCUUUCUCUCGACAGUCCACGGACCGAGAGAAAGAACGACGUGACAGCCAAACCGUCUGCUUCCGCCCCCACCUCCCUGUCAGCAGCUGCCAGCCAGGCCAAGCCACAGUCUGCUGCCCUGGAAGAGUUGGAAGAAGAAGAAGAAGCAGAGCUGGACGACAAAUUUGAAGUCCUUGUUUCUGUCAAAGACCCUGAGAAAAUAGGGGACGGUAUGAACGCUUACAUGGCCUACAAAGUAUCCACACAGACAACACUGCCCAUGUUCCGCAACAAGACAUUUACAGUGAGGCGACGCUUCAGUGACUUCCUCGGCCUGUACGAGAAGCUUUCUGAAAAGCAUGGACCAAAUGGAUUCAUCGUGCCUCCACCACCAGAGAAGAGCAUCCUGGGGAUGACAAAGGUGAAGGUGGGAAAAGAAGAUUCUUCAUCUGCGGACUUUGUUGAGAGAAGGAGAGGCGCUUUAGAAAGGUAUCUGCAGAGGGUGGUAAAUCAUCCAUCACUUAUCCAAGAUCCUGAUGUCAGAGAGUUCCUGGAGAGGGAGGACUUGCCCAGAGCAGUGAGCACCCAGGCUCUGAGCGGCGCCGGUUUCCUUAAAAUGAUCAACAAAGCAACAGAUGCUGUCAGUAAAAUGACCAUCAAGAUGAAUGAGUCAGACGUGUGGUUUGAAGAGAAGCUGCAGGAGGUGGAAUCUGCAGACCAGCAGUUCAGGAAGCUCCACGCGCUGGUCGAAUCUCUGGUCAUCCACAGGAAAGAGUUGUCACUGAACACAGCAAGCUUUGCCAAAAGUACAGCCAUGCUGGGCAGCGCAGAAGACAACACCGCUCUUUCCCGAGCUCUCUCCCAGCUGGCUGAGGUGGAAGACAAGAUGGAGCAGUUACACCAGGACCAAGCUGCAAACGACACCUUCAGUUUUGCAGAACUGAUCGCAGAUUACAUCCGUCUGCUGGGAGCCGUGAGGGGGUCUUUUGAUCACCGGAUGAAGGUGUGGCAGCGCUGGCAGGAUGCUCAGGCAAUGCUGCAGAAGAAGAGGGAGACUGAGGCCAAGCUGCUGUGGGCCAACAAGCCGGACAAGCUGCAGCUGGCCAAAGAGGAGAUCGCUGAGUGGGAGGCCAAAGUGACGCAGUACGAGAGAGACUUUGAAAGAGUUUCUGCAACUGUGCGCAAGGAAGUCGUCCGCUUUGAGAAAGAGAAGACCAAGAAUUUCAAAAGACAGAUAAUCAAGUACUUGGAGUCUCUGCUUCAGUCUCAGCAACAGCUGAUAAAGUACUGGGAGGCUUUCUUACCUGAAGCAAAAGCAAUCGCCUAAUCCUUGAGCACCAGCCUUCUGGACGACAAAACAGGCUGCCUUUUUCUUAUACACUUUACCUCUUUUGCCUUUCAAACCAAGGAAAAUGCGUGCAUUGUAAAGGGAGAUACAAUCAAUCUGUUUUUUUUAAUCACCUUUAACCUAUAGCUCUGUAUUCUAUUGUAUUAAUAAUUGUAUAUUUUCAUUUAACCUUCCACAAAUAUUUUCUUAUUAGAUGAAAAAAGUUUGCAUAUACAAAGACAUGGACAAACGAUAAGAGAAAACGUGCAGAUGAAUGAUUCCAUUAAUUUCCACAAGAGAAGAGAAAUGAACCGAGUCCGUUGUUCUCAGGAUUUUCUCCCUCGUGUGAUCAGGAGCUCCUUCACAUCAGCAGUGAUUAAUUGUUUACAGAGCGGCUUCUCUCUCUCAUCAAAACAUUGUGGGGACCCAGAUGAAGAAAGUGGCCGAGAGUCUCACUCUGUUUCUUCUUAUUACUCACUCAAAGGGAUUAAAUAACAGUUUAAAAAAGUAAGAUUUAUGAGCUCUUCCACUAGGUGGACGAAGUACUGAAGUACCAGCCAUGUUUUAUUUUGUUCUUUCAGAUAUAAAGUACUAUGAUACUGAGGGGAGGGUGUGGGGUGAUGAGAGGCAUUCACAUAGCAGAGCUACAACUAUGGUCAAGGGUUGUGUUGGAGGUCAAGGUUGUGGGUUUAAUGUUUUCAAAUUGAUUUCAGUCAUUGUGCAAACUUUAUGUCUGUGCCUUCUAAAUCAAAUUGGUGUUUUGUCUCCAGACACCAGUUUGGGAGAAAGUUGUAGACACUUGUGAGCGGUGCAGAGGCUUGUUAACACUUCUACAGCAGCCAUCAUGUCAUCACUGAAGUUUAGGAACCACAGUGGUGUUUUAAGCCCAUUUACUACAAAUUAAGUGUUGUUUUUUCUACCAGUCAGCCCUGCAUGAAAAUGAAACUCCACCUGCAGAGACUUGAAACCGAUAAUCUCAGUGAACAUCAUGUCUGAGUCUGUUUUUGUCAAAGUUGCAUCACUGCUGUGUGGCAACGCUGUAUGGUAAGUGUCAGUUAACAUUUAAUCAGGCAUUGCCAAGUAACAAUGACUAACUUUGGGGAAAACAUAGUAAAUGCUGACAUGCCUACUGUAUGGAUUAGACAACGCAAGCAAGUUUCAAGUCUCAGCAAGUAGUUUCAUAAGAUGAAAGCUGACUAAAAGGCAGGGUUGUGUAGUAUGGUUGGUAGUGAUGUACGAGAAUAAUAAAGCUGCAUAUGACAGUCAUUGUACUGAAGAAUUAUUCCCACAGUAUAGUUUUCUUUAAAGGUACCUUUUGUGUUUGUUACUGAUAGUGCUACAGGCAGGAGUGAGUUACUUUUUUCUUACAUCAUCGUUAACAAGUGCUGCCUAAUUGUGAUUUCUGCAUCUGAAAGACACUACAUAUUGCAUUGUAAGAUUAUUAGCAUAAAGUAGCAAACAUGUUGGAGUUUUUGUUUCAUGGCAGAUUUUUUGGAAAACGUGUACAUUCAGAAUUCAGACAAAAUGGCAGACAGUAAAUGUAGCGUUUGAUUAGGAUAGAAACAUUGGCUUCAAAAUCUUUACAAAUAAAAACGGGAAUGUUCGUAAGGAAGGAAAUGCAAUUGUUUAAAGGUGAAUGUCAACUGUUGACAGAAAAUACCCACAUGGUUCCUUUAAUUUAUAACCUAAAGCAGACAUGGAACCAUCAAAUAUUGGGCAUUUUUACUUGAUGAAUGACUUCAAUGAUCAAGUAUUUAAUAUGCUGCUAAUCAUUUAUGCAUGAAACAAUACUGACAGAUUUUUAGUAAAUGGGCAACAACAUGAUAAAACACUGGCAUGGUCCUUUAAAAGCCGACGUGGCGUCAUCAUAGCUGGACUGAUGAUGUAGACAUGAGAUUAAUGCCAUAUAGUAAACAUAUUUCCUUCAAGCCUCAGCCUGCAGUUUAACAUGAAACGGUAACAAACCCUCGUCACAGCUUUGUGGCCGGGCUGCCAUCCUGAUUACAGCUUUAAUUUCACAUUUGCACAUGCACAUACACACACACACACACACACACACACACACACACACACACACACACACACACACACACACACACACACACACACACACACACACACACACACACACACACACACACUAAAGCCGUGCAGCGAUGAUGCUACACUGUACACCUCCGUUGUCAUUAAGACUUCAUUUAACUUGCAGACAUUUCUUUGCACUGUUUUUUUGUUGUUGUUGUUGUUGCCAGUUAGAUACAUGCUCGACUUAAACUGCUGUUUCGACAUCACUUCAUUAAAGCUGGUUGUUAGUGUGGCCUCGUGUACUUUCACUUAUGUGCAGAGCAAUGUCCGCAACAUGCACUGUGUCAUAGAAAAUUCUUUUAAAAACAAAUCAAUAAAAGUUGCACUGUUUACACUUGGAAAUUUCAUAAAGAA